UUAUAUAAAAACCAAAAACCAUCAACGAAAAACAAAAGCUUUGAUUUUGAAAAAAAAAAAAAAAACCCCCAAAAGCCCUAAUUCGGAAAAAAAAUCAAAAGCAAUGGCCUCAUUCGAGCAAGCACCGCCAGGUGAUGCGAAAGCUGGGGAGAAGAUCUUCAAGACCAAGUGUGCUCAGUGUCAUACCGUCGAUAAAGGCGCCGGUCACAAGCAAGGGCCAAAUUUGAAUGGGCUUUUCGGGAGGCAGUCGGGGACAACACCGGGAUACUCGUACUCUGCUGCUAAUAAAAAUAUGGCUGUGAUUUGGGGAGAGAAUACUUUGUAUGACUACUUGCUUAAUCCUAAGAAGUACAUUCCCGGGACAAAGAUGGUUUUCCCCGGAUUGAAGAAGCCUCAAGAUCGUGCCGACCUGAUUGCAUACCUGAAGGAAUCAACCGCCUGAUUCGUCUCCGGUUUUAUUAAUAUCACCUAUAUUUUGGAACUGUGACAAAAUGAAGAAUUUUGAUCAAUGAUGUAUUUUUUUUACAUGGAAAAAGAAACCAUUCUUGAAAUAAAGUUAAACCAUGAAAACGACUCCAAAGAUAAUUGGAGUUGAAAAUGAUUUUUGUUAAGACUAAAAUCUCUUGAUGAUGAGGAAUUUGAUUAUUACAUGCUGGUUUAUUUGAAGA